GGAAGAGCGCGGCCCUCGAGGAGGCCAUGGCCGGCGUCCCGGAGCACGGCGAGGGCCGCGUCAGGUACCUGGUGGACACGUUCGAGAGGCUCCUGUCUCUCUCCCGCGGCGACCGCGAGGCGUUGAGCGGAGGCGGCGCGGGGAGGAGGAGGAGGAACAAGGAGUCGGCCUCGGUGUCGUCGUCGCCGCGGAAGGCCGAGGAGAUCGACAUGGCAUCGUACCCCUCCGUCGCGUCGUCGUCCGACCUCUCCUACUGCAUCGUCGGCCUCCCCCGUCGCAACAGGAUCCUGAGUUCUUUAAAUAUUUGGAAGAGUGUGAUAAAGAGCUCCUGGAAUUCAACGAUGAUGACAUCUCUGAUGAUCAAGAAAGUGACGAGGAACCUAAAUCUGUCCCUAAGAAGGAACCAAAAGAAAGUGUUAAGCCAAUUACGAUGGAAAUGGUUGAUUCCUGGUGCAACGGAGCCGAAGAUGGGAAGAUAGGAUCUAUCCAGUCUAUUCUUCAAGCCUUCAGGAGAGCCUGCCAUUAUGGUGAGGACAGCGGGGAUAAUUCAGCACCAAAAUUCAGUGUCAUGUCCGGUAGUGUACUCGACAAAGUCAUGCACUUCGUUUUGAAGAACAUGGAUGGCAUUCUUCGCCAAUUACUCGGUGCCCCUAGCUUUGGAGGGAAGAAAGAGAAAAUCGGUGAACUGAUGAUGACUAAUUCAUGGAAGAGGAAUGGUAAUCUAAUGAGGGUAUUAUCUGGUACACCGUGUAUGAAAAGUUAAUGGUUUUCACUGGUUUGGGUACACUACCUCAAACUGAUUUCCUGCAGAACUACUACAUGGGAGUAUUAAAAUAAAUAGAGUACUAUUUUUUGUUAUAUAUAUGCUAUGUGGUUGCAGCACAAUGGACCCUUGGUAAAUAUAUUUCUUUCGGGUUCUAGAUGAGGAGGCCAACCAAUUAAGAAAAACCUUCUGCCCUAUAGAGAUGCAGCAUUACAAGCAAGCCGCUAUAACAAUUCCAUGUGCCUAGAGGCAAAAACUUGCAAAAAAGAAGCUAAUGGAACUCGGAAAGGUAUUUUUGUUUUUGUAAUUAUGUCACUAAUUUAUGAUAUAAAAAAUCAAUUUUCAUGCUGCAUCAGAAGUAUUGCUAUGCUAGAAGUACUUUAUUGCUUCUUGAGUGCAAAUGGAAGUGGUGUACUAUGCGAGAUGAAGAAUAAGCUUGUGGAAAAGUUGGAUGAUCUCAGUUUAAGACUUUCUCUGGAUAGAAGAAUGAGGGUUCCUGAUGAAGAAACAAAGUUAGCGGAAGAAUCAAAGCGGGACAAGAUAGAAUUGCUUACCUAGAGGCAAUUGGACGGUUCUUUGAGAUAUAUAACUAUGUUAUGCAGUAACGAGAUUUCGAAAGCAUAAUAACAGAAAGAGAACUCAAAUCUAAGGUGUGAAUAUGUUUGGUCUGCCGUUCACUUUCAGUUUGCUUCUUAGGUUUUCUUUUCUUUCAUCCAUCUUUGUACAAUUUUCUGAUGUCAGAUUUGUUUACUAACUGGUGUACUUCUUGCAUGUGAUCAA